AUGCUCCGUCGCAAACCCACCGCCAUCGCCAUAACAUCCGAAGACAUCGCCGCUCUUGAAGAAACCCUUCUCCGCAAGAAGAGCGAGUCCGGCGCACAACACGAUUCGCUCCAGCAGGGCAGCAACAGUAAGAGGGCCAAUCCUAGCGAUGAGUUGAAACCGCUUCCUGGUGACAAGGCGCGGAUUCUUCGCCGUGAAGAGAGAAUCGGGCUCGGACAUCGGAGUUGA